CCUCUCGAGUUUCGCGCUAGCCGAGUUUCGCGAUCCUCGAGUUUUAGCGCUUAGUCCUAAAUUCAUACCAUCACGACUUUCGCGCAUUACCGCCGCGAGGGCCACUCGGUGGUGACUGAAAAAUCCCAGCUUGUGGCACCGGGCAGGCGCGCCGUCCUAGACGCGCGCGCCGCGUCGUCACGCUAUCCACUCAGCCACCGCCUGGUAGCCAUGGCAGAAGUCUCCAGUCCUCACUCUUUAUAUUGGCGACUCCUAUUUCACAACUGACCCCAUCUCCAAUCUCCAUCAUGUAUUUCUCCACAACAUUUAUCCAUCUUACUUGUCUCCCUUCCACCCCUGACCUCUCAUAUACUUUCAUACACUUUAUAAAGCCAUCUUUCUGUAUUCUUGUAGUAUAUAUGUCCACACCACCUCCACUUCAUCUCAUCCUCUCCACCACUCCACAUCCCACACCACAAUAAUUAUUGUUUCACACCGGUAAUCCUUUUUUUUUUUUUUUCAUUACAUCUCAAUUUCUCAUUGUUAAUAAAAUAUCAAAUUGUCAAAUCACAUUGUGUCGGCAGGAACUUGCCGUGAUCUGGAAUCGAACUCAACUUUUCGGUCAUGGCAAGUAUUACCUAUAAUGUAUAGGGGAUUUGCGUCGAAGGAUAAGAUAAUUUAUGUCACAUUGUUAUACAUUAAUGCAUACAAGUGAAAAUCUUUGUGGCUACAGGCUCCAAAUGAGUAAAAAUACAAUGUACAAUAUGUGAAACAAUAGUGAAACAUCGGCAGUAUUCUGUUAUCAUAUAAUCGCUAUUCAAAGACAAAGGUAGCCUUGUGUAUCGAAGUGAGACUUACGAAGCGUUCAUCCCCGAGACAUGCCCCGAGCACUGAUCAGUGGCCUCGAGAGACUGAAAUUCACAGAGGCGUUAAAAGUUGCUAAUUUAAAAAGUCAUUUGGAUUCAGUAUUGUGUACUCUAGCUUUUGAAGGGAAAUCAGUUAUCGUUACCACUUAUAUAGUAUAUAUUUGUAAGUAUACAUAAUAUAAAAUUAAGCAUAAGUAAUGUGUUUAUCUUUGUGACUAAUGAAUGCGCAGUGGUCAGUGUUUACCUAUGGACGGUGACGGCGGGUCGCCGCGCGUGGCGGGUCGGCUGGGGCCAAUUUAAGUCCAGCCAUUGGUGAGGCGCGUGCACGACAACGACGAGAAAGUGAGCAAAGGUUACUACAUAGUUAAGUAGGAGACGAGAAACGGAAGGUGGCAUCAAGUAAAUCUUUACCAGGCUACUUGUGAAAAGGAUUGACUUGUUUAGCUCCGCCCUCAAAAUACCACGUACAUACCUACACCUUCUUAAUACAUGCCCUUUAACUAUGAUAUGAAGACGCACAUGGUUAGAAACUUGCUUAAACUAUUUUAACUUAAGCAAACCUAUCAUGACCUAACAAACAAACCCUGCCGCUGCACCCCCGACCGCAGCCGCCGCCCGGCUGUCUACGUAUUGGCGACGCUGGCAGGCGGCGUAAUUUCUGGGGAGGCUAAGGGGGGUAUAGCCCCCCAGUGUUUUCUAUAUCGUCCUCAAAAUGCCUCUUAAAGUGCCUAUUUAAAAAAAAAUUCUCCCACUUGUGCAUGCUGACUUCACCCUCCUCCCUCCCUCCCACCUUAUGAACCUGAGGCUAUGAUGCCCUUUAGCCUCUAGCCCCCCCUCCCCCCCCGAAAAUCUGCCAAAAGAAUGGUUAUGAUAUUUUAGGUUUGCUUUGGUUAGAUUAGUUAGGAUUAUUCCUAACCAUGUACGCUUUUAUAUUAUAGAUGUAAGGACAUUAAGUUUUGCUCUUUAACCAUAAUAUGAAGGCGUACGGAAGGUGGUCGAGCUAAACUACACAUUUACCGUGAAAAUCAAGGUAAAGAGAAAAAGACCGGCACGUGGAAGACUUAAGAUAAUGCGGCCUGAGAGUGACAGCAGAGGAAGUGUCUGCAGCGUCUGCGGUUCGCACAAGAUGCGGGUGACUGAGGCGGCGAAGGCGAUGGUGGUGGUGGUGCUGGCGGUGCUGCUGCUGGCGGCGGUGCGGGAGGCGGAGGCCUUUGUCGGCUUGGGCAGCGGAGUGGCGGGGGGCUUUGUGUCCUAUAUGUGGUGGAUCUUUCUGGGCAGCCUGGGGGUGUCUCUGUACAAGAAGAAAUUGUUGAGGUUCGAGGAGAGGAGACGCUUGCAGUUAGAAGCGGCGGAUGAGCGACAGCAGCAGGAGGAGUUGCUGGAGACGCUGAGGGCAGAGGCGGCGAUGGCGGCAGCGGGGGAGGGGGAGGACGCAGUAACAGUGGAGGGGGAGGAGGCAGUAACAGUGGAGGGGGAGGACGCAGUAAUGGUGGAGAGGGAGGACGCAGUGCCGCUGCUCUUUGGCGAAGAAUACGGGCCAGAACUGGAGUACUACGGGGACUUUUUAUAUGACGCUGACCACUACGAUGUCCCAUUCGUCACGCAGAACCGCCUCCCCCCUUUCCCUGGUAACUGGCCCGACGAAGGCAAUAUGGACACGGUUUACGACCCUCAUCCUUUCCUCAGGCCGCACCGCUUGCCCCGAUCCCCUCACCAUCAACCUGACGAAGGCGAAGACGGCGGUGACACAGUACAUGAGCCAGAUCACUCCAGCAUCCCAGGUUCCUUGUCCCGCCCCCUCUCCCUUUCAUCUGACGACCAACGCGACGAAGACGAGGAGGACGAGGCCCUGCAGAAGGUACUAGUGAACCUCGCCGCCCAACUGGACACGAGUGGCUGCUCCUUGAGAUUCCUGUGCCACCUCCUUGGAAAGCCACAGGAUGCCCUCACCCAGGACGAGGAACUGUUGCUGCGCCUCUUUGUCGGCAGCCACAGCGACGCCCCUCCAGGCAGUCAGUGUGACCAGGAGUUCCCUCGAUGCGGCCUGCAAGGGAAGGAGCUCAGUGCGCUGUUCACCUUUACCUCAGGCCUCGUAGCUAAGAUCCUGUAGGUGUUCAGGGACUUCCUACACACGCCCCACUGUGUGUUCCUACACACACACACACACACACACACACACACACACACACACACACACACACACAGCUCUGGAGUGCAAUGGUAGUACGCUCGCCUCACAACCAAGAUGUCCCGGGUUCGAUUCGCGGGGGGAUUGGAGAUGGAUGGGUCAAGGCCUUGGAUGGGUAGUCGUGCCCCUCCCCAUCGAACUGUGAAUGGGUACCGGGAGUCAGUCGUUGUGUCUCGCCUCCUGGGUGUGUGUGGGUGUGAGGUUUCAACCGUACCCAAAGAUCCCUCACGUAUGAGUUCGAAGCACAUUCGGGGAGGGUACUGGCUGGUGAUCGCGAGUCUAUCGCGUAGUCAGGCCACGGUGAAUUACGGUGAAUUACACACACACACACACACACACACACACACACACACACACACCAAUUCGAUAGCUCGGUGGGUUAAGGCUCUCCCCUGUCAGGCUCCGGGCUGGCAGGUUGAGGUUCGAGCCCCUCUCAAGCCGGGAUUUCACCGCUGACAAGGAGUGGUUGCUGUCCUCCUUUGAGCAAAGGGGAUGUGGUGUGUGGUGU